AUGGAGAGGUCACCGAGCGGCGGCACCGGCGGCGGCGGCGCAGCAGCCCUUUUCCGAUUCUUGCCGGAGGAGGUGACGGAGAUGGAGGCGCUCGUGCAGCAGAUUAGCUUCGCCAUUCCAGACGGCUUGGUCCUCGAUGCGCUCGCCAACAAGUUCACGGCCUCCCGUCACACCGCCGGCAAGAUCCCAGUUCCAGUUCAACCGAAGCAGGUGUUGUGCUGGUUCCGGAAACGCCGGUACUCUCCCGAGGGCAGGGCCUCCUUGUGCACGCAAGCGACGCAGAUGAUGACGCCGGCGGCGGCCAACCAGCAUCAGGAAGGCUUCACCUUCAGGGCUCAGGCCCGUGCAGCUGCGCGCUCUGGCUCCUCCUCAGAGAGGAAUCCUGUGGAUGAUGUAGAGCAAUUUGAAGCUAAGUCUGCAAGAGAUGGCGCAUGGUACGAUGUUGCUGCCUUUCUACUUCAAAGGGGGUUUGAAACAGGUCAUCCGGAAGUGAAGGUUCGUUUUUCUGGACUUGGAGGACAUGAAGAUGAAUGGGUUAAUGUUCGUGAAUGCCUACGACAGCGUUCUCUUCCAUAUGAAGCAAGACAAUGUGCUAUUGUGGUUCCUGGGGACCACAUUCUUUGUUUUCAGGAAAGGCAAAAACAGGCUCUCUAUUUUGAUGCUCGUGUGGUUGACCUUCAGCGGGGAAAUCAUGAUUCAAGAGGAUGUCGUUGCAGAUUUCUUGUACGCUAUGAUCAUGAUCAUUCUGAGGAGAUUGUUCGACUCAGAAAGAUGUGCCGCCGGCCAGAAACCAACUACAGACUUGAAUUCUGA